AAAACAGCUUCAAAAAAUACGGUUUGUUGCAAACACAGCAAGAUCCAUGUUUGUCAAGUGCAUAGGUAGCAAUAUCCUAAUCAGCCAAUCACAGCGCAUCAAGCGGCACUCUUUUAGUAUGGCGUUGAUUGUUGUGAACGCAAAACUUCGCUCCGUAAAUUAUCGAAAUUUUAAAUAGUUUUUUAAGUUUUGACGAAAAAAAAGUGGCAUAUCGUAAUUAUGGAUUGUUCUCCUGCACCUGUUGAUAAUAGUUCGGCAAGAAAACGUAUAGCUCAACCCGAAAAGUGGAAGAGAAAUUUGGCCAAAGUAACAAGGUAUUCUCCGAAAACACUUGCUGUGAGGCCGUUAUGUAAUCAUAAGAAGAAGUUUGAAUGCAGAUCACUUUCGAUGAUGGAUGUAAAAUCGUUUUUUGAAACAUUUUAUAAGUUUAAAGACAAAAGGAGUCAAGACGCAUUUAUUUUAAAACACUGUACAGUGAAACCGGUUAAACGGCAUCGUCCAAAAAAUAGUAAGUACACGCCGAAAUCUUCUCAAACAACAUACUUCGUGUACAGCACCACACUGAAAAAGCGAUUGCCUGUUUGUCAAACUUUUUUUUUAAAUGUGCUUCAGAUUAAAAAAUAUAGAAUCCAAACUAUAAUGAAAGAAUACUUUGAAAAGGGAACAUUACUCAAUGAGAAAAGAGGUGGUGACCGGGUUUCCCAUAAAAAUGUGGAAAAAAAACGUGCCGUGAUGAGUUUCAUAGAGAAACUACAUUGUGAAGAGCCCCAUUAUUGCCGUGGAAACACAAAAAGGCUAUACUUAUCAGCGGAGUUAAGUAUAAACAAACUUUACCGAAUCUAUAAUUCCCAGGCUGACAGCGAGUUAAAAGUUAAGCCAUCAUAUUUCCGCAAUAUCUUUAACAGACAUUAUAAUUUGGGCUUCGGAUCUCCUCGUACUGAUGUCUGCUCAAUUUGCCUACAGUUUACCGAAAAAAUGAAAACAGAGAAACUUGUUAACAUCCGUAACGAUUUAAUUAUUAAACAUAGAAUCCAUAAAUUAAAGGCUAAAGCUUUUUUUGGCUAUGUAAAGGAGGAAAAACCGGACUUACUUACAUUAUCAUUCGAUUGCGAGAAAAAUCUAUCUUUACCUAAAACCCCAGACCAAUCAGCAUAUUAUUCGCGUCAAAUAAAUUUUUUUAACUUUACCAUUGUACAAGGUUCGUCAAAAAGUAAACUGGAUUCUUCAAAUGUAUUUGCAUAUUGCUGGUCGGAAAACUUGUUUCCCAAAGCAUCAAAUCAAAUUUCAUCGGCUAUUUACCAUCGAUUACAAAAUACAAAUUUAGCUGGUAUCAAGACAGUUCGCCUCAUUGCCGAUGGAUGUGCUGGCCAGAACAAAAAUUCUACUGUUCUGGGAAUGUGUGCAAAGUGGCUGUCGGAAACUCCUCAAGUAAAAAGUUUAGAGCUUAUAUUCCCCAUAGUGGGACAUUCAUUCAUACCCCCUGAUAGAGUAUUUGCAAGAAUUGAGAAAGAAAUUAGGAAAAGGGAGAUUAUAGCAAAUCCGGAAGAGUAUCAUGAGAUUAUAAAAGAUUUCGCUACAGUAAUAAAGUUAGGUGAUGAAUGUAAAGUAUAUGACUGGAAAGAUGCUGUUGGGACUAAUUUGAAGCCGGUAGGCAGGUGGCAUUUUAAAUUUAAAAGCUGCAAGAGAUAUGAAUUAAAGAGAUCUAAAAAGGAGGGAAAUGUUUUGGUUAAAGGAAUGCUCCACUACAAACACGAUGAUGGCGUAUUUAAAACAGUAAAUCGACCUGGUGUGUUAUCAUCAAGUCUUAAUCCUCAAGAAAUUUUCGCAACGAACGAAGUCAGCGUUGCAAAGGCCAAAGAUGUAAACAAUUUACUGACUAAUCAUUAUGGGGAAAAUUGGAGGGAAAUCGAGCGAUUAAAUUUCUAUGUGCCGUUACUAUCUAAUUCAAUUAGUAUCAAUGAAGAUACUUUGGAAGAUUCUUCGGAAAUUAUUUGUGAGCCACAAGAAACACCUACCGGUUGUUAUGUUUGAACUUUAAAUAAAAGCAAAAAAUACAAAUCUGUUAGCGUUUCUUGUGGUAAAAGCUUUAGUUUAUGUUUUAUAACAAUUACCUACAUGUUUCUUUAUUUCAUUUAAACCCUAUUUCUAAUAUGAAAAAUAAAUGUAAGUUUCAAAUGUACCAGUAAGUUUUUGAUUGUAUUAAAAAAAUCUAUUAAAUAA